GACAGAGGUGGAGGAAGAGGAAGAGGAGGGGCGGGAGGAAGAGGAGGGGCAGCAGCAGCAGCCGCACGCGGUUCCCCCGCUCAGGCCGCAGCUCCCCCGGCUCCGGCAGCAUCGCCCCGCCCGGAACCCGCAGCAGGAUUUCCCUUUGCCAAACCUCGGCCCGAUGGAGGAGGAGGAGGAGGGCGCGGCGAGGAAGAGGAAGCUGUCCCGGGAGCCGCAGGCAGGCACGGAGCUGAGCACGGAGCCCAGGGAGGACAAAUCCCCGCGGCAGCAGCCGGUGGGAGAGGCCGCUGUGAGCGGCUCCGCGGCGCAGGAACGCAACGGGGAGGAAAAGCCGCGGAGAUGCCGCACGAGGAGGGGCUGCAAACGCAGAUCUCGGGGCUCCGAGCAGGAAAGAUCCACCCCGGGCCGGGGAGGCGGCCGCAGCUCGGAGCUGGGGGUCCCUGAGCAGCCUCAGGAUGGGGAGAAGCCCCACAAGUGCUCGGAGUGUGGGAAGAGCUUCAGGUGGAGAUCUGAACUGACCAAACACCAGAAAAUCCACACCGGGGAGAAGCCCCACAAAUGCUCGGAGUGUGGGAAGAGCUUCAGGCGGAGAUCCCAACUCAUCGUCCACCAGAUGAUCCACACUGGGGAGAGGCCCUACGAGUGUGAUCAAUGCAAGAAGAGGUUUCAGACGAGCUCCAAGCUCCUCGUGCACCAGCGGGUUCACACGGAUGAGAGGCCCUUCCGCUGCCCCGACUGUGGGGUGGGCUUCAGGCAUAACUCCACCCUCAUCACCCACCGGCGCAUCCACACUGGGGAGAGGCCCUACAAGUGUGAGCAGUGUGGGAAGAGCUGCAGCCAGCGUUCCCACCUGAUCACACACCAGAGGAUCCACACGGGAGAACGGCCCUACGAGUGUGGGGAGUGUGGGAAGAGCUUCAGCCAGAGCUCUACCCUGACUCUGCACCAGAGGAGCCCCACUGGGGAGAGACCCUACGAGUGUGACCAGUGCAAGAAGAGGUUUCCCACCAGCUCCCAGCUCCUGCAGCACCAGCAGAUUCACACGGAUGAGAGGCCCUUCCGCUGCCCCGACUGCGGGAUGGGCUUCAAGCACAACUCCCACCUCAUCAACCACCAUCGCAUCCACACCGGGGAGAGGCCCCACGAGUGUGAGCAGUGUGGGAAGAGCUUCAGGCAGACGACCACCCUGAUUGCCCACAAGAGGACCCACACGGACGAACGGCCCUACGAGUGUGGGGAGUGUGGGAAGAGCUUCAGCCAGAGAUCUACCCUGACUCUGCACCAGAGGAGCCACACUGGGGAGAGACCCUACGAGUGUGACCAGUGCAAGAAGAGGUUUCCCACCAGCUCCCGUCUCCUCCAGCACCAGCGGAUUCACACGGAUGAGAAGCCCUUCCGCUGCCCCGACUGCGGGAUGGGCUUCCAGCGUAACUACACCCUCAUCAGGCACCGGCGCAUCCACACCGGGGAGAGGCCCCACGAGUGUCCCCAGUGUCGGAAGAGCUUCUCUAGAAGUUCUCACUUGACCCAACACCAACGGAGCCAGCACUGAGGGAAGCCCUGUGAGUGCCCCGAGUGCAGGAAGAGCUUCGUGCGCUGCUCCAGCUCCAUCCCCAAUGGGAGGAUCCCCAGUGACCCCCGGUGGGCAGAGCCCCGGUGAUCCGCGGUGCCGGUGAUCCGUGUUGGGCACACACCUGGCUGGGGGCUGCAAAUCCUCCUGGCUCCCCGUGGCCUGGAUUUCUUUUUCAUUUCUCUUUAUCUUUCCAAAGCCCUCAACAAUGGGGUAAAAAUAAAAAUUUUGACGAAGACCUGGAUGGGGACAUGGGGGAAUUUUCCAGGGGAUAUGAGGGCUGCUGGGUUCAAGGGACCUGAGGAUUCUUGGCAGUGACUUGGGGGUUUCUCAGGGCUUUGUGCUCCCCAGGCUGAGCAGCUCCAGCUGCGCUGGGAGAACCUGGUGGAGGUUCUGGGGCAGCUGAUCAAGGGCCCCCUGCCCUGGGACUGUCCCCCUGUUCCUGGUGUCCCCUUUCCAGGAUCUCCCUUUUCCCACUGUCACUCCUCUUGCCUGUUCCUGUGUCACCCCACUCCUGGUCCUGUCCUGCUCUCAUCCCAGUCCCCAUCUCUUUCCCGCUCUCAUUCCCUGUCCCGUAGUCUCUGUCUGGUUUCAGCUCCCACAUUCCCAGUCCCAUAUUCCCUGCCCUGUUUCUGUUCUCAUAUUCCCCAUCCUGCUGCAGGUCCUGGAUUUCCAUUGCUUUUUUCUCUGUCCUGUUCCCAUAUUCCCAUUCCUAGUCCUGCUCCUGUAUUCCUGUUUCUGACAGUGGCCCCUCUUCCUAAUCCCCAGCCCAUAUUCUCUCUCCACUUCUUGCUCCUAUAUUAUUUCCUGUCCAAUUUGCACAUUCCCCUGCCUGGUCCCAUUCCUGGUCUCAGUCCUGAACUACCUGUCCCAUUCCGGUAUUCCCGUUCCCGUUGCUGCUCGCUGUCCCCAUUCCCUGGAUCAUUCCCAGUCCCUGUCACCUAUUUCCAGUCCUGUUCUCAGGCCCUGUCCUCAUUCCCAGGUCCUGUCCCCAUUCCUGGUUGUGUCCCGUAUUCCCUGUCCCAUUCUUGGGCCCAGUCCCCAUUCCCAGUAUCCUUCCCAGUGCCUGUCUCCUAUUUCCAUGUCCAUUCCCAGUGCCUGUCCAUGCUCCGAAUCCCUGUCCACACUCACGGUCCUUUCCCUGUGGCAUUUCCAGUCUUGUCCCUGUUCCCUGUCCGUAUUCCCGGUACCUGUCCCCAUUCGCAGUCCUGUCUGGUAUUCCAGGUUCAAUUUCGGUGACAUUCGCUAUUUUUAUACCCAUUGCCAAAUUCUAAAACCCUGUCCCCAUUCCCGCUCCCUGUCCCCAUUCCCUUUCCCCAUUCCCUG